AAUUUAAUGUAAACUUUUGCCUGUAAUAUUAGUGAAAUGUACGCAUUAUUCUAAAAGGAACCACUGCAAAUGUGUUAAACAUUGUGUGCUCAUCCUUAUGCUAGUCUGUCUGGAAACGAAACUUAUGACAUCGUUACGUCAACUCCAUUUUUUUUCCUGUUCAGACCAAAGUAGCAACAUACAUUUAGAUUUGGUUCUUUUAAGAAACAAACGUCUGAAGGGAAUUAAGAACUGAAAAUAAUAAUGCAGUGGCUCUUUCAUUUGCGGUCUGUCCUGAGCUGCAGCUGCUGCUAACAUCUACUUACAGGAGUUAUGUUCACGCCUGGUAAAGAAAAACUAUCAGGUAUCAGCUUUGGUGGCUUUAGCUUUGAACCUCCAGCAAGUACAACUAAACCCUUAAGUUCUAAUGGAUUGACAACACUCACAGCAGCUCCAACUACUUCAGUCCAACCUGCUUUUGGCACAACAACUCUCACCAGAGAUGAUAACAGCAAAGUCACAAAUAGUUCAGAGACAAGGGAACCAAAACCUCAGUUCACAUUCUUGGGAGGUCAACUGAAGUUGGAAUCUCCAUGGAGAAACAUGGACUGGACAGAAGAGCGAAGGACAAGCUUGAUGGAGACAAUCACCUCCUACAGACCGAGCUGCGGGGAGGUGCCUCAGGCCCGGGUUCUCCUCCUGGGCCCGGUCAGUUCUGGAAAGUCGAGCUUCAUCAGUUCAGUCCAGUCUGUGUUUAAUGGAAGAGUCACCAACCGGGCCAUGGUGGGCUCCUUCUCAUCCGGUUUUACCAAAAAGCUGCAGUCCUUCAACAUUCGGGGUAAGAAGGGUGAGGAUCAUACUGGGCUGGUGCUGUGUGAUACCAUGGGUAUGAGUGAAGACGGGAUGACCGGACUGACUCUUCAUGACAUCCUGUUAGUCGUUAAAGGCCAUGUUCCUGAAGGACACAAGUUUAGCCCAGACCAGCCAGUCUCCGCCUCAGAAACUGUGGGCUAUGUGAAGAGGCCGAGCCUUAAAGACAAAGUCCACUGUGUUGCCUUUGUGGUGGACGCCUCAAAAAUCACAACUUACCCCAAAGGCCUGAGCACCACAUUUAAACAGCUCAGAAAGCACAUCAGUGACCUGGGUGUUCACCAGGUGGCGCUGCUCAGCCACGUGGACCAAGUUUGUUUGCAAACAGCCAAAGAUGUCACUGGUGUUUAUGAGAGCCGCACAAUUCAGGAUGUGAUGGGUAAAGCCGCCGCUCUGUUGGGCAUGUCCACCUCCUACAUCGUUCCAGUGAAAAACUACUCGUCAGAGCUGGACCUGGAUGUGAACACAGAUGUGCUGCUUCUCAGUGCUGUUGAUCACAUCCUGCAGUAUGCUGACCUGUAUUUCCAGGACAACGCACCACAGAACAAAGAGCUCAAGACAGUCCUGGAGCUCUGAUUUCUGAGCAUUUAGAUUAGGAGCAUCAUUUAAUUGCUCCUGUUUCAAUUUGUUAGAGAAGAGAGUUUUCAUUUGUAACAGAAACUUGUGUUUCUGUUGUUUUUGACAUAAAAAAACAAAAGGUGUAAAGCACAUCAACAUGCUAUACAUAGGAACUUUAAACAGUCUUGUUUUGUUUCUAAGUGAUAAAACUGACUCUACGCUUUACAUUCUGUAUGUGAGACUGAUAUAUUUUUUAACCAGUCUUUGGGCUUCUUUAUUAAAAUGUUUUACAUUCACCAA